GGCUGCUAAUGCCGGUAAUGCAAUGGCUCAAUAUAAUCUGGGUGAUAUGCACUUGAAGGGAAAUUUAUCGUCUCUUUCAAAUUCAGACUUAGGCAUUAAGUAUUUAAAAUUGGCAGCGUUAAAUGGCCAUUCAAAGGCUGUAGAGGUUCUAAAGGAGAAAAAGAUAAAUAUUAAUGAAUAA